UCAAAUUAUGCUGCGUGUCCUUAUUCACACUUGCUGAUCCCGACACCAGAGAAAGAUGAAGAACUGGAGAAUGCAAACUUUGCAGCUUCUAAGCAUCAAAGGCUGGUUUCGGCUAAGGAGACACCCUUGCCUGUUUUGGGUUGGGCAAAUAGAGAUGAACUAUGGCAAAACAUGCUCAAUAAGGAACAGAAGUACGCAAGAGAUAAACUUUAUAUGGAAAAGCAUCCACUCUUGGAACCUAAAAUGCGAGUGAUUCUCCUAGAUUGGCUGAUGGAGGUGAGACAUGGUUUUUGUUCAUGCAAACAUACAAGACUGAUUUGAUUAUC